CCGCGAGUCGUCUCGUACUCCCCUCCUCACCCUCACACAGAGAGAAGCGACUCGGCUGGAGGAGCGGUGCGCCAAAAGCAGCGGGAGAGGUGCUGAGGCAAACACUCAGGAUGGAGAAGGACUCUCCAUUCAAGCCAUCGGUAGCUGAGCUGGCUGGAAGGUUCAGAGGUCAUGUUCUGCCAAGCCCACCUCAAACGAUGAGGCUAAUUCGAAGAAGACCCCCGUGUUCCCUGAAGCUGCAGAGUCAAAAAGAUGACGGUGAGGAAUCUGACAAGCCUGCCAUCAUCUCCCCGAACCCUUUCAAGAUCAAGAUGAAGAACUCCCCCAUCAUCGAGAAGCUGCAGGCCAAUCUGGCUUUGUCGCCCACUGCCCUUCUGCCCUCUCCCAAGAGCCCCGACGUGAAACUGCAGCCAACGCCGCUGACCCCCGCCACCCCCUGCGGCCCCCUGUGCCCCAGCACACAACCCUCACGGCAGUCCAGCGAAGAAGAGGAGCCGGUCAGCUUCGAGAGUCCACCUGAAGGCGCCCCACUACUGAGCAUCAACAAGACCCGCGCACGGCUGUCAUUCAAGAGGCGCCUGCCAACGAGACAACACAGGAGGUCAGGCGGAGACUUUGGGCGCAGUCUGUCCCCAUGUGAACUGCACAGCCCGAGCGAAAACAGCCACGAGGACGGGGUUUUUGAUGACCCGGAGGAGGAGUGUGAACGAGGGAGCUCACCCACCGACGCAGCGACUCUGAGAGAACCCGAAGAGACGGAUUUGGACUGUGCAAAGACUGAGGACAAAGUGACAGAGAGCGCUCUUACCCAAAGAGGGGGUCCAGAUUCGCCAGAGGAGUCGGACCCUUUGGGAGGAACACGGGCCGAGGAGGCCGAGGGGCAAGAUGCAGAGUCUUGCUCGGCUGAGCCGAUAGAGGGGACCAGCUACACAGAAAAGAAGAGCCCUCGGGAGGAGGCAGCCAGAGGAGAAGGGAAGGAGAAGGUGUAAACUGUGAAUGUUUACUGUAGCUACAUGGCAAAAGAAAACCAAAUAUAUAAAUGCUCCAGGGUUAUUCUUUUUUUUUUAAUAAAGAGAUCUCAUUGAUAAUACCGAGAUUAUAAGGUAACACUGUAUAUGGAUUGUUUUGGAUUUUAUCUCUUGGUACCCUUCUCAGUUUAAAUUGGAUUUUUAUCACGUCUGUCUCCCUCUGCUGGUCAUCUAUGGGAAAGGUCUGGAAAAGACGGAGCCCAACAGAGGGGAGAAGUGUCCAACAGUAUCUAUUUGCAGACUGUACAACAGGGGCGUAACAUACCAGAUACGCCCCCAAAGUGCAACACACACCCACUUCAGUAGAAGAAACGCCCAUUUAUCCGCUCACCCCCCCCUCCCAUUUCAGGGCGUAACUUUUAGCAGGAAUCAAAGAAAGUUGAAUCAGUUCAUCUGGAUACGCUUAUACUGAUGGAUUAUUGAGCAUGCAUAAAGGCAUUUAGGAAUGCCAUCACUUGACCUAACCUUAACCUCGGG